AUGAAACGUUUCUGGAAGUGGGUUGUGGAUCAAAAAAUAAGUACCAUCCGAAAAUGGCAAUCAGUUAUGCUUCAUCUGGAUCGUGAUCAACAUCACGGACGACGUCUGAAACCGAUCGGUGGUAGUGAUGAUCAGUUGGAGCGAAAGCAAAAACGAAAUUCAACAAUUGUUCAGGAGGAGAAUAAUGAUUAUCAAUCGAGUAUUUCAUUGCAAGAUUUUGAUAUUGAACAUUUAAAUGAACCUGUUGAUUUUGAAGAAUUUUUUGAAGAAUCUUCAGUUGCUAUCGAAUCAGCUUUGGAAAAAAAGCAUGGAAGUUCAGUAUCAACUCCAAAAAAAUUAUCUGCAACAAUGGAAUUAUCAUCUACUCUUAGUCUUGAUAACCCAUCAGAAUCCUUUCAACAUGAUAAACGAUCAAGAAAACCGACAAUUUUGGUGACUAAUAUGAAUAACGAUUCCACUGAAGUGGACGAUGAAUUUAUUAGUGGUGAAUUCGACGAACUUUCAUCUUCUCCUCUUAGUACAAAUCGUAAAUAUACGAUUAAUAUUCCACAGAUGUCAAAUGAAUCGUCCAAUUUAUUGAUAACUGUAAGUAAUGAAAGCACUAAUACACCUUCACCUCCAUCUAUUUCUUCCAAUCAAUUAUCUUUGACAAAUGACAAUGCUUUGACAUUAGACGAUCAACAAGCAGCAAAAUGUCGUGGACUAUCAUUAGCUGGCACAAGUAGUACUUUACAUGAAAAUGAGAAAGAAAAAUUAGCUGAAAAGAAAAAGAAAACAUCGUUACAAAAUUUGCGACUUUGUAAUAUACAGGUAGAACAUUCAUUAAGUAGACAUCGUUCUACCGAAACAUUGCCUUCUCUUACAUCGGCACAAAUUCACUUAAUACGAAAUAUUUGGCGACAAGUUUAUAUCACAAAAGGUCCAACUGUAAUUGGUUCAACACUACUGCAUGGAAUAUAUUUUAAAUCAAAGAAAAUAAAGGAUCAAUUCUUUAGAUGUCCUUUUCCUCAUCGAUUUCCCAAUCGUGAUAGUUUUAAUAAAGCACAUGCAAAAGCUGUUGGUGAAAUGUUGGAUAAAAUUGUUGACAAUUUAGAAAAUUUAGAAUCAAUGUCUGGAUAUUUAUUUUCUAUUGGUGUCACGCAUGCAAAUUUAGCUCGGCGACAAAUAUCGAAGGAAAUUUGGAAUUUAAUGGCAGAAGCAUUUAUCGAUUGUACCUUGGAUUGGGGUGACAAGAAAGGUCGUACGGAAGCUUCAAGAAAAGCAUGGGCUUUUAUAAUUUCAUUUGCUAUAGAGAAAAUUAAACGAGGACAUUUACAUGAAAGGCGGCAAUUAGCCUAUCAUAGACGAUCAUCAACGGUUGUACCAUUUCAAACCAUUGCGCCAGUUCCUUCGUUACCAUCUUCCGCUCCAACUAUUCCAUUUUGGAAAACCACCGAAGAAUCUGACUCACAUAUUUAA